GGACCAGGAAAUGGAAGAGGACCAUUUAGACCAGGACAAGGAGGACCUGGAAGAGGAGGUCCACUUAAUGGUAGAAAUAAUUUAGGCCCUGGAAGAACAGGGCUUGAAGGUCCGCUUACUGGUCCACUUGCUAAUAUUUUUCCCAAUGGAUUGUUGGGAACCCCAAAUAUGACAGCUUUAUGUGCGCUUUGCGAUAAAAGCAAUCUAACUGGUCCCGGCGGCCCAGGCAGCGGGCUGGGACCUGGCGGUAAUGGCACAGGAGCGCAACCUGGAGAUGGUAAAUCAGUUCCAUUGGAUUGUGUUACUAGUCCUUGGGGAUCUUGGAGUGGACCAGAUCAAACUGGAACCUUUUCUCGAGUCAGAUUUGUAAAAAGACCUCCUAUAAAUGGUGGAAAGAAAUGUCCUGACCUCAUUGAACAAAAGAAAGUUCCUCUUGACUGCAUUGUCAGUGACUGGGCACCAUGGACGAAACCAGAUCAAACUGGAACCAUUUCGCGAAUCCGUAUGCAGGUCAGACCUUCUGUCAACGGUGGAAAAGAUUGUCCAAACAUGAUAGAAUCCAAGAAAGAACCCUUACCAUGUAUUGUUGGUGAAUGGGGACCAUGGAGUGCAACAGAUGACACUGGUGGCUCUUCUCGUGUUCGUCAUGUUGUCAGAAUCAACAUCAAUGGUGGACCAGAAUGUCCAGAAUUGAUUGAAAAUAAGAAAAAUCCAUUGCCAUGUAUUAUGUCUACAUGGUCUAGCUGGGUUGGUCCUGAUGCUUCUGGUACUAUGUAUAGAUACAGACAUGUGGUUAGACCAUCCAUGAAUGGUGGAGAGAAAUGUGAUGAUCUUAUAGAGCUUAAGAAAGGACCACUGCCAUGUAUCAUGUCUGACUGGACAGCAUGGAGUGCACCUGAUGCCACAGGAAGUAGAUACAGAGUAAGAUAUGUUAUCAGACCUGCAUUGAAUGGUGGAAAAGAAUGUGAAGAUGAUGACCUCAUGGAUACUAGCAAAGUGCCACUGCCUUGUAUUAUGUCUGAAUGGACUGCAUGGAGUGCACCUGAUACCACAGGAACCAGAUACAGAGUAAGAUACAUGAUCAGACCUCCUCUUAAUGGUGGCGAAAAAUGUGAUGAUCUCAUUCAGAUUGGCAAAGUACCUGUGCCAUGUAUCAUGGGUCCAUGGUCUAGUUGGGUAGGACCUGACCAGGCUGGAAAUAUGUACAGAUACAGACAAGUAAUUAGACCAGCUCUUAAUGGUGGUGAAAAAUGUGAUGAUUUGAUCACAAUUAAGAAAGUAUCCCUACCAUGUAUUGUUGGGGACUGGACUAACUGGAGUAAACCAGAUCAAUCAGGAAGUAGGUACAGGUUUAGACCAGUGCUGCGUCCAGCUCUGAAUGGUGGAAAAGAUUGUCCAGAAGAACUUAUUGACAUCAGCAAAGUACCUCUGCCAUGUAUCAUGAGUGAUUGGAGUAGCUGGGUUGGACCUGAUGCAUCUGGAACCAUGUACAAAGUCAGAUAUGUAAUCAGACCUGACGUCAAUGGUGGCAAGAAAUGUGAUGAUCUUCUCCAACUUAAGAAAGUACCAUUGCCAUGUAUUAUGGGUCCAUGGACUGAAUGGAGUAAACCUGACGAAUCUGGAACCAGAUACAGAGUUAGACCAAUGCUGAGACCUCCACUUAAUGGUGGAAAAGAAUGUGAUGACCUUCUUCAAAUUGGCAAAGUACCAUUGCCAUGUAUCAUGAGUGAUUGGACCAACUGGAGUGCACCAGAUGCCACUGGAGCCAGUUACAGAGUUAGAUAUGUGAUCAGACCUGAUUUGAAUGGUGGAAAGAAAUGUGAUGAUGAUCUACUUCAAAUUAACAAAGAACCACUACCAUGUAUCAUGUCUGACUGGACUAGCUGGGUUGGACCUGAUGCUACAGGAACCAGAUAUAGAGUAAGAUAUGUCAUAAGACCAGCAUUGAAUGGUGGCAAAGAAUGUGAAGAUGAUGACCUCAUGGAUACUAGCAAAGUACCAUUGCCAUGCAUUGUCAGUGACUGGACAGAAUGGACUAAACCUGAUGCCUCUGGAGCCUCAUACAGAAUUAGAUAUGUGAUAAGACCUGGCUUGAAUGGUGGAAAAGAAUGUCCAGAAGAUGUUAUGCAAAUCAAGAAAGAACCACUGCCAUGUAUUAUGAGUGAUUGGUCAAGUUGGGUUGGACCAGAUGCUUCAGGAACUACAUACAGAGUCAGAUAUGUAAUCAGACCUUCUCUUAAUGGUGGCGAGAAAUGUGAUGAUCUUUUACAACUAAACAAAGUACCACUGCCAUGUAUUGCUGGUCCAUGGUCUGAAUGGAGCAAGCCUGAUUCCACAGGAACCAGAUACAAAUCCAGAAUGACACUGAGACCUAAUCUGAAUGGUGGAAAAGAAUGUCCAGAUCUACUACAAUUAGCCAAAGUGCCACUUCCAUGUCUAAUGAGUCCAUGGACUGCUUGGAGUAAACCAGACGCCACAGGAACCACAUACAGAGUCAGAUAUGUACUCAGACCGGCUCUUAACGGUGGCAAAGAAUGUGAAGAUCUUAUGCAACUCAACAAAGUACCAUUGCCAUGCAUUAUCAGUGAAUGGACAUACUGGAGCAAACCUGACGCUACAGGAACUAGAUACAGAGUUAGAUAUGUGGUCAGACCUGGACUAAAUGGUGGAAAAGAAUGUGAAGAUGAAGAUCUCAUGGAAAUUGGCAAAGUACCAUUGCCAUGCAUUGUCAGUGAAUGGACAGCUUGGAGUGCACCUGAUGCUACAGGAGGCAGAUACAGGGUCAGAUAUGUGAUAAGACCUGGUCUUAAUGGUGGCAAAGAAUGUCCAGACCUCAUACAGAUUACCAAAGAACCGCUGCCAUGUCUCAUGUCUGACUGGUCUAACUGGAGUGGACCUGAUGCCUCAGGAACCACAUACAGAGUUAGAUAUGUAAUCAGACCUGCUGUAAAUGGAGGCAAAGAGUGUGAAGAUCUUAUGCAACUCAAGAAAGUACCAUUGCCAUGUAUUAUGUCUGACUGGACCACAUGGAGUGCACCUGAUGCUACAGGAUCAAGAUAUAGAGUCAGAUACAUGAUAAGACCACCACUUAAUGGUGGAAAAGAAUGUGACGAUCUCAUGCAGAUUGGCAAAGUACCAUUGCCAUGUAUAAUGAGUGACUGGACAGCAUGGAGUGCACCUGAUGCCUCAGGAUCCAGAUACAAAGUCAGAUAUGUAAUCAGACCUGGUCUCAAUGGAGGCAAAGAGUGUGAAGAUCUACUUCAAAUCACUAAAGUACCAUUGCCAUGUAUUAUGUCUGACUGGACUGCAUGGAGUGCACCUGAUGCUACAGGAACCAGAUACAGAGUUAGAUACACUAUCAGACCUGCACUGAAUGGUGCCAGAUGUGGAGAAGAUCUUAUUGACAUUGGCAAAGUACCACUUCCAUGUAUCAUGUCUGACUGGACUGACUGGAGUGCACCUGAUGCCACAGGAACCAGAUACAGAGUAAGAUACAUGGUCAGACCUGCUCUAAAUGGUGGCAAAGAAUGUGAUGAUCUCAUCCAACUUGGCAAAGUACCACUGCCAUGUAUCAUGUCUGACUGGACAACAUGGAGUGCACCUGAUGCCACAGGAACCAGAUACAGAGUAAGAUAUAUGACAAGACCUGCAUUGAAUGGUGGCAAAGAAUGUGAAGAUCUCAUCCAACUUGGCAAAGUACCACUACCAUGUAUUGUUGGACCUUGGAGUAGCUGGGUCGGACCAGAUGCAACUGGUACCUUGUAUAGAUAUAGGCCUAUGGUACGACCAGCUCUAAAUGGCGGAAAAGAAUGUGAAGAUCUAAUUCAACUUAAGAAAGAACCACUUCCAUGUAUUAUGUCUGACUGGACCACAUGGAGUGCACCUGAUGCUACAGGAUCAAGAUACAGAGUAAGAUAUAUGGUCAGACCUGCCCUGAAUGGUGGAAAAGAAUGUGCAGAUCUCAUACAGAUUGGCAAAGUACCACUGCCAUGUAUAAUGAGUGAUUGGACUAAAUGGAGUGCACCAGAUGCCACAGGAACCACAUACAGAGUUAGAUAUGUACUCAGACCUGCUCUCAACGGUGGCAAAGAGUGUGAAGAUCUCAUGCAACUCAAGAAAUUACCACUGCCAUGUAUCAUGAGUGACUGGACCAAGUUUAGUGCACCUGAUGCUACAGGAACAAUUUACAGAUUUAGAUAUGUACUCAGACCUGCUCUCAAUGGUGGCAAAGAAUGUGAAGAUCUUAUGCAACUCAAGAAAGUACCACUGCCAUGUAUUGUCGGUGACUGGACUGAAUGGAGUAAACCUGAUUCCACUGGAGGCAGAUUUAGAGUCAGGUUGACAUUGAGACCAUCAUUGAAUGGAGGAAAAGAAUGUCCUGACCUUCUACAAUUAAGCAAAGUACCUCUGCCAUGUCUUAUGAGUCCAUGGACUCCUUGGAGUAAACCAGAUGCUUCUGGAACCACAUACAGAGUUAGAAUGGUACUCAGACCUUCUCUUAAUGGUGGAAAAGAAUGUGAAGAUCUUAUGCAACUCAACAAAGUACCACUGCCAUGUAUCAUGAGUGAAUGGACAGCAUGGACUAAAUCUGAUUCUACAGGAACAAUAUACAGAGUUAGAUAUGUUGUCAGACCAUCUGUUAAUGGUGGCAAAGAAUGUGAAGACCUUCUUCAACUUAAAAAAGAACCAUUGCCAUGUAUCAUGAGUGACUGGACUGCAUGGUCCAAACCUGAUGCUACAGGAACCAGAUACCGAGCUAGAGUGAUGAUCAGACCUGCACUUAAUGGAGGAAAAGAAUGUGAAGAUCUCCUUCAAAUAGGAAAAGUACCUCUGCCAUGUAUUAUGAGUGACUGGUCCAGUUGGAGUGCACCAGAUGCCACAGGAGUAUCAUACAGGGCCCGCUAUGUAAUCAGACCUGCUCUGAAUAGUGGCAAAGAAUGUGAAGACCUUCUCCAAGUCAAGAAGGUACAAUUGCCAUGUAUCAUGAGUGAUUGGACAGCAUGGAGUGCACCUGAUGCCACAGGAACCACAUACAGAGUUAGAUAUGUACUCAGACCUUCUCUUAAUGGUGCCAAAGAAUGUGAAGAUCUUAUGCAACUCAACAAAGUACCAUUGCCAUGCAUUGUCAGUGACUGGACAACAUGGUCAGCACCUGAUGCCACAGGAACCAGAUACCGAGUCAGAUACACACUCAGACCUGCACUUAAUGGUGGAAAAGAAUGCCCAGAUCUCAUGCAAAUUGGCAAAGUACCACUGCCAUGUAUUAUGUCUGAAUGGACUGCAUGGGCUGGACCUGAUGCCACAGGAACAAUCUACAGAUAUAGAUAUGUAGUCAGACCUGCUCUUAAUGGUGGCAAAGAAUGUGACGACCUUCUACAACUCAAAAAAGGACCAUUGCCAUGUAUCAUGUCUGACUGGACAGCAUGGAGUGCACCUGAUGCCACAGGAACAAGAUACAGAGUAAGAUAUGUUGUCAGACCUGCAUUGAUUGGUGGAAAAGAAUGUGAAGACCUCAUCCAAAUUGGCAAAGUACCACUGCCAUGUAUUGUUUCUGACUGGACCACAUGGUCAGCACCUGAUGCCACAGGAACCAGAUACCGAGUCAGAUACACACUUAGACCUGCACUUAAUGGUGGAAAAGAAUGUCCAGAUCUUAUACAAAUUGGCAAAGUACCAUUGCCAUGUCUUAUGAGUGACUGGACUAAAUGGAGUGCACCUGAUGCCACAGGAACAAUUUACAGAUAUAGAUAUGUUGUUAGACCUGCAUUGAAUGGUGGAAAAGAAUGUGAAGAUCUUCUUCAACUCAAAAAAGUACCACUGCCAUGUAUUAUGUCUGACUGGACCACAUGGAGUGCACCUGAUGCUACAGGAUCAAGAUACAGAGUAAGAUACAUGGUCAGACCUGCUUUGAAUGGUGGAAAAGAAUGUGACGACCUCAUCCAAAUCGCUAAAGUACCACUGCCAUGUCUUAUGAGUGAUUGGACCAAAUGGAGUGCACCUGAUGCCACAGGAACAAUUUACAGAUAUAGAUAUGUAGUCAGACCUGCUCUUAAUGGCGGCAAAGAAUGUGAAGACCUUCUACAACUCAAAAAAGUACCACUGCCAUGUAUCAUGUCUGACUGGUCCAACUGGAGUGCACCAGAUGCCACAGGAACCACAUACAGAGUCAGAUAUGUUGUCAGACCUGCUCUCAACGGUGGCAAAGAAUGUGAAGAUCUUAUGCAACUCAACAAAGUACCUCUGCCAUGUCUCAUGAGUGACUGGACUAAAUGGAGUGCACCUGAUGCAUCAGGAACUACAUACAGAUACAGAUAUGUUGUCAGACCUUCUCUCAAUGGUGGCAAAGAAUGUGAAGACCUUAUGCAACUCAAGAAAGUACAAUUGCCAUGUAUCAUGAGUGACUGGACUGCUUGGAGUGCACCUGAUGCCACAGGAACAACAUACAGAGUUAGAUAUGUACUCAGACCUUCUCUUAAUGGUGCCAAAGAAUGUGGAGAUCUUAUGCAACUCAACAAAGUACCACUACCUUGUAUUGUCAGUGACUGGACCACAUGGUCAGCACCUGAUGCCACAGGAACAAGAUACAGAGUCAGAUACACACUCAGACCUGCACUUAAUGGUGGAAAAGAAUGCCCAGAUCUCAUGCAGAUUGGCAAAGUACCAUUACCAUGUAUCAUGAGUGAUUGGACAGCAUGGACAGCACCUGAUGCCACAGGAUCUACUUACAGAGUUAGAUAUGUAGUCAGACCUGCUCUUAAUGGUGGCAAAGAAUGUGAAGAUCUGAUGCAACUCAGGAAAGUACCAUUGCCAUGUAUUGUCAGUGAUUGGUCAACAUGGAGUGCUCCUGAUGCCACAGGAACAAGAUACAGAGCCAGAUACACAGUCAGACCAGCACUUAACGGUGGCAAAGAAUGUCCAGAUCUUCUACAAAUCGGCAAAGUACCACUGCCAUGUAUCAUGAGUGACUGGACUAAAUGGAGUGCACCUGAUGCCACAGGAACCACAUACAGAGUUAGAUAUGUUGUCAGACCUGCCCUCAAUGGUGGAAGAGAAUGUGAAGAUCUUAUGCAACUUAAAAAAGUACCACUGCCAUGUAUCAUGUCUGAUUGGUCUAACUGGAGUGCACCUGAUGCAACAGGAAAUACUUACAGAGUCAGAUAUGUUGUCAGACCUGCUCUCAAUGGUGGCAAAGAAUGUGAAGAUCUUAUGCAACUCAACAAAGUACAACUGCCAUGUAUUGUCAGUGACUGGACAGCAUGGAGUGCACCAGAUGCCACAGGAAGUAGAUUUAGAUACAGAUAUAUGGUCCGACCUGCACUUAAUGGUGGAAAAGAAUGUGCAGAUCUCUUACAGAUAGGCAAAGUACCAUUGCCAUGUAUUAUGAGUGACUGGACAGCAUGGUCAGCACCUGAUGCCACAGGAACAAUAUACAGAGUUAGAUAUGUGGUCAGACCUGCUCUUAAUAAGGGCAAAGAAUGUGAAGAUCUUAUGCAACUCAAUAAAGUACCACUGCCAUGUAUUGUCAGUGACUGGACCGCAUGGUCAGCACCAGAUGCCACAGGAACAAGAUAUAGAGUCAGAAACAUGGUCAGACCUGCACUUAAUGGUGGAAAAGAAUGUGCAGAUCUUAUGCAACUUGGCAAAGUGCCAUUGCCUUGCAUCAUGAGUGACUGGACUAAAUUCUCAGCACCUGAUGCAACAGGAACAAUUUACAGAUACAGAUAUGUUGUCAGACCUGCUCUUAAUGGUGGAAAAGAAUGUGAAGACCUUCUCCAACUCAAGAAAGUACCAUUGCCUUGUAUCAUGUCUGACUGGUCUGAUUGGAGUGCACCUGAUGCUUCUGGAACCAGAUACAGAGUUAGAUAUGUCUUAAGACCUGCUUUGAAUGGUGGCAAAGAAUGUGAAGAUCUCAUCCAACUUGGCAAAGUACCAUUGCCAUGUAUUGUGUCCGACUGGUCUGCAUGGAGUGCACCUGAUGCUUCUGGAUCCAUAUACAGAGUUAGAUACAUGACAAGACCUGCAUUGAAUGGCGGCAAAGAAUGUCCAGACCUCAUCCAACUUAACAAAGUACCACUUCCAUGUAUUGUGUCUGACUGGUCUGACUGGAGUGCACCGGAUGCCUCUGGAACCAGAUACAGAGUAAGAUACAUGACAAGACCUGCAUUGAAUGGCGGCAAAGAAUGUCCAGAUCUAAUCCAACUCGGCAGAGUACCACUGCCAUGUAUUGUGUCUGACUGGUCUACCUGGAGUGCACCUGAUGCUUCUGGAUCAAGAUUCAGAGUAAGAUACAUGACAAGACCUGCAUUGAAUGGCGGCAAAGAAUGUCCAGAUCUCAUCCAACUUGGCAAAGUACCACUGCCAUGUAUUGUGUCUGACUGGUCUGACUGGAGUGCACCUGAUGCUUCUGGAACAAGAUACAGAGUAAGAUAUAUGACCAGACCUGCAUUGAAUGGUGGCAAAGAAUGUCCAGAUCUCAUCCAACUUGGCAAAGUACCACUGCCAUGUAUUGUGUCUGACUGGUCUGACUGGAGUGCACCUGAUGCUUCUGGAACAAGAUACAGAGUAAGAUAUAUGACAAGACCUGCAUUGAAUGGUGGCAAAGAAUGUCCUGACCUCAUCCAACUUGGCAAAGUACCACUUCCAUGUAUUGUGUCUGACUGGUCUGACUGGAGUGCACCUGAUGCUUCUGGAACCAGAUACAGAGUAAGAUACAUGACAAGACCUGCAUUGAAUGGCGGCAAAGAAUGUCCAGAUCUCAUCCAACUUGGCAAAGUACCACUGCCAUGUAUCAUGUCUGACUGGUCUGACUGGAGUGCACCUGAUGCAUCUGGAACCAGAUACAGAGUUAGAUAUAUGACUAGACCUGCAUUGAAUGGCGGCAAAGAAUGUGAAGACCUCAUCCAACUUGGCAAAGUACCACUGCCAUGUAUCAUGUCUGACUGGACUGACUGGAGUGCACCUGAUGCUUCUGGAACAAGAUACAGAGUGAGAUAUAUGACAAGACCUGCAUUGAAUGGUGGCAAAGAAUGUGAAGACCUCAUCCAACUUGGCAAAGUACCACUGCCAUGUAUCAUGUCUGACUGGACUGACUGGAGUGCACCUGAUGCUUCUGGAACCAGAUACAGAGUAAGAUAUAUGACAAGACCUGCAUUGAAUGGCGGCAAAGAAUGUGAAGACCUUAUCCAACUUGGCAAAGUACCACUUCCAUGUAUCAUGUCUGACUGGACUGACUGGAGUGCACCUGACGCUUCAGGAACCAGAUACAGAGUAAGAUAUAUGACAAGACCUGCAUUGAAUGGCGGCAAAGAAUGUGAAGACCUCAUCCAACUUGGCAAAGUACCACUUCCAUGUAUCAUGUCUGACUGGACAGCAUGGAGUGCACCUGAUGCUUCUGGAACAAGAUACAGAGUAAGAUAUGUAACAAGACCUGCAUUGAAUGGUGGCAAAGAAUGUGAAGACCUCAUCCAAAUUGGAAAAGUACCAUUGCCAUGUCUUAUGAGUGAAUGGACUAAAUGGACAACAGUCGAUGCCUCUGGAACUAUUUAUAGAUACAGAUAUGUAGUAAGACCUGCUCUUAAUGGUGGCAAAGAAUGUGAAGACCUUCUUCAACUCAAGAAAGUACCUCUGCCAUGUCUUAUGAGUGACUGGAGUAAAUGGAUUGGACCUGAUGCCUCAGGAACAGUGUAUAGAUUCAGAAUGGUACUCAGACCUUCUCUUAAUGGUGGAAAAGAAUGUGAAGAUCUUCUCCAACUUAGAAAAGUACCAUUGCCUUGUAUCAUGUCUGACUGGACCACAUGGAGUGCACCUGAUGCUUCUGGAUCUAGAUACAGAGUAAGAUAUGUAACAAGACCAGCAUUGAAUAGUGGCAAAGAAUGUGAAGACCUCAUCCAAAUUGGCAAAGUACCACUGCCUUGUAUCAUGUCUGACUGGACUGACUGGAGUGCACCUGAUGCUUCUGGAACCAGAUACAGAGUAAGAUAUAUGACAAGACCUGCAUUGAAUGGUGGCAAAGAAUGUGAAGACCUCAUCCAACUUGGCAAAGUACCACUUCCAUGUAUCAUGUCUGACUGGACUGACUGGAGUGCACCUGAUGCUUCUGGAACAAGAUACAGAGUAAGAUAUAUGACAAGACCUGCUUUGAAUGGUGGCAAAGAAUGUGAAGAUCUCAUCCAACUUGGCAAAGUACCACUGCCAUGUAUUGUGUCUGACUGGACUGACUGGAGUGCACCUGAUGCUUCUGGAACCAGAUACAGAGUUAGAUAUAUGACAAGACCUGCAUUGAAUGGUGGAAAAGAAUGUCCAGACCUCAUCCAACUUGGCAAAGUACCACUUCCAUGUAUUGUGUCUGAUUGGUCUACCUGGAGUGCACCUGAUGCUUCUGGAUCAAGAUUCAGAGUAAGAUAUAUGACAAGACCUGCAUUGAAUGGCGGCAAAGAAUGUCCAGACCUCAUCCAACUUGGCAGAGUACCGCUACCAUGUAUCAUGUCUGACUGGUCUGACUGGAGUGCACCUGAUGCUUCUGGAACCAGAUAUAGAGUAAGAUAUAUGACAAGACCUGCAUUGAAUGGUGGCAAAGAAUGUGAAGAUCUCAUCCAACUUGGCAAAGUACCACUUCCAUGUAUCAUGUCUGACUGGACUGACUGGAGUGCACCUGAUGCUUCUGGAACCAGAUACAGAGUAAGAUAUAUGACAAGACCUGCAUUGAAUGGCGGCAAAGAAUGUGAAGAUCUCAUCCAACUUGGCAAAGUACCACUGCCAUGUAUCAUGUCUGACUGGACAGCAUGGAGUGCACCUGAUGCUUCUGGAACAAGAUACAGAGUAAGAUAUGUAACAAGACCUGCUUUGAAUGGUGGCAAAGAAUGCGAAGAUCUCCUCCAAAUUGGCAAAGUACCAUUGCCAUGUCUUAUGAGUGAAUGGACUAAAUGGACAGCAGUCGAUGCCUCAGGAACUAUUUAUAGAUACAGAUAUGUAGUAAGACCUGCUCUUAAUGGUGGCAAAGAAUGUGAAGACCUUCUCCAACUCAAGAAAGUACCAUUGCCAUGUAUCAUGAGUGACUGGACUGCUUGGAGUGCACCUGAUGCCACAGGAACCACAUACAGAGUAAGAAUGGUCCUCAGACCUGCUCUCAAUGGUGGCAAAGAGUGUGAAGAUCUUAUGCAACUCAACAAAGUACCAUUGCCAUGUAUCAUGUCUGACUGGACCGCAUGGAGUGCACCUGAUGCUUCAGGAAGCAGAUUCAGAGCAAGAUAUGUUGUCAGACCUGCAUUAAAUGGUGGCAAAGAAUGUGAAGACCUUAUCCAACUUACCAAAGUAUCAUUGCCAUGUAUCAUGUCUGACUGGUCUGAAUGGAGUGCACCUGAUGCUUCUGGAACCAGAUACAGAGCUAGAUUCAUGACCAGACCUGCAUUGAAUGGUGGUAAAGAAUGUCCAGAUAUGAUCCAACUUAGCAAAGUCAAGCUGCCAUGUAUUGUUAGUGACUGGAAUGAAUGGUCAGCACCUGACGCUACAGGAUCUUCAUUCAGAUGGAGAUAUGUUACCAGACCUGCAAUUAACGGUGGAGCAGAAUGUCCAGACCUCAUACAGGGCAAGAAAGUACCACUGCCACUUAUUGUGGGUCCAUGGAAUACAUGGUCAGCACCUGAUGCCACUGGAAGCACCUUCAGAUGGAGAUAUGUAUUGCGACCAGCAAUUAACAAGGAUGAACCAAUUCCAGAUCUCAUUGAAGCAAAUAAAGUACCACUGCCAUGUAUUGUAUCUGACUGGAGUGCAUGGUCUUCACCUGAUGCUACAGGAUCAUCAUUUAGAUUCAGAUUUGUAACCAGACCAUCAGUAAAUGGAGGAAAAGAAUGUCCAGAUCUCAUACAGGGCAGAAAGGUCAAACUUCCAUGUAUUGUUGCUGAUUGGAAUGAAUGGUCAGCACCUGAUGCUACAGGCUCUUCAUUCAGAUGGAGAUUUGUUGUCAGACCAGCCAUAAGUGGAGGACAAGAAUGUCCAGACCUCAUACAGGGCAAGAAGGUACCACUGCCACUUAUUGUGGGUCCAUGGAAUACAUGGUCAGCACCUGAUGCCACUGGAAGCACCUUCAGAUGGAGAUAUGUAUUGCGACCAGCAAUUAACAAGGAUGAACCAAUUCCAGAUCUCAUUGAGGCAAAUAAAGUACCACUGCCAUGUAUUGUAUCUGACUGGAGUACAUGGUCUUCACCUGAUGCUACAGGCUCAUCAUUUAGAUUCAGAUUUGUUACCAGACCAUCAGUAAAUGGAGGAAAAGAAUGUCCAGAUCUCAUACAGGGCAGAAAGGUCAAACUUCCAUGUAUUGUUGCUGAUUGGAAUGAAUGGUCAGCACCUGAUGCUACAGGCUCUUCAUUCAGAUGGAGAUUUGUUGUCAGACCAGCCAUAAGUGGAGGACAAGAAUGUCCAGACCUCAUACAGGGCAAGAAAGUACCACUGCCACUUAUUGUGGGUCCAUGGAAUACAUGGGCAGCACCUGAUGCCACUGGAAGCACCUUCAGAUGGAGAUAUGUAUUGCGACCAGCAAUUAAUAAAGACGAAAAGGUUCCAGAACUCAUUGAGGCCAAGAAAGUGGUUCUUCCAUGUAUUGUAACUGACUGGAAUGAAUGGUCAGCACCUGAUGCUACAGGCUCUUCAUUCAGAUGGAGAUUUGUAACCCGACCAGCAAUUAAUGGAGGAAAAGAAUGUCCAGAUCUUAUACAGGGCAAGAAGGUACCAUUGCCACUUAUUGUGGGUCCAUGGAAUACAUGGGCAGCACCAGAUGCCACUGGAAGCACCUUCAGAUGGAGAUAUGUAUUGCGACCAGCAAUUAACAAAGACGAAAAGGUUCCAGAACUCAUUGAGGCCAAGAAAGUGGUUCUUCCAUGUAUUGUAACUGACUGGAAUGAAUGGUCAGCAGCUGAUGCUACAGGUUCUUCAUUCAGAUGGAGAUUUGUAACCAGACCAGCAAUUAAUGGAGGAAAAGAAUGUCCAGAUCUUAUACAGGGCAGAAAAAUACCACUGCCACUUAUUGUGGGUCCAUGGAAUACAUGGGCAGCACCUGAUGCCACUGGAAGCACCUUCAGAUGGAGAUAUGUAUUGCGACCAGCAAUUAACAAGGAUGAACCAAUUCCAGAACUCAUUGAGGCCAAGAAAGUCCAACUUCCAUGUAUUGUAACUGACUGGAAUGAAUGGUCAGCAACUGAUGCUACAGGCUCUUCAUUCAGAUGGAGAUUUGUAACCCGACCAGCUAUUAAUGGAGGAAAAGAAUGUCCAGAUCUCAUACAGGGCAAGAAGGUACCACUGCCACUUAUUGUGGGUCCAUGGAAUACAUGGGCAGCACCUGAUGCCACUGGAAGCACCUUCAGAUGGAGAUAUGUAUUGCGACCAGCAAUUAACAAAGACGAAAAGGUUCCAGAACUCAUUGAGGCCAAGAAAGUCCAACUUCCAUGUAUUGUAACUGACUGGAAUGAAUGGUCAGCAACUGAUGCUACAGGCUCUUCAUUCAGAUGGAGAUUUGUAACCCGACCAGCAAUUAAUGGAGGAAAAGAAUGUCCAGACCUCAUACAGGGCAAAAAGGUACCACUGCCACUUAUUGUGGGUCCAUGGAAUACAUGGGCAGCACCUGAUGCCACUGGAAGCACCUUCAGAUGGAGAUAUGUAUUGAGACCAGCAAUCAACAAAGACGAAAAGGUUCCAGAACUCAUUGAGGCCAAGAAAGUCCAACUUCCAUGUAUUGUAACUGACUGGAAUGAAUGGUCAGCACCUGAUGCCACAGGUUCUUCAUUCAGAUGGAGAUUUGUUGUCAGACCAGCAAUUAAUGGAGGAAAAGAAUGUCCAGACCUCAUACAGGGCAAAAAGGUACCACUGCCACUUAUUGUGGGUCCAUGGAAUACAUGGGCAGCACCUGAUGCCACUGGAAGCACCUUCAGAUGGAGAUAUGUAUUGCGACCAGCAAUUAACAAAGACGAAAAGGUUCCCGAACUCAUUGAGGCCAAGAAAGUCCAACUUCCAUGUAUUGUAACUGACUGGAAUGAAUGGUCAGCACCUGAUGCCACAGGCUCUUCAUUCAGAUGGAGAUUUGUUGUCAGACCAGCAAUUAAUGGAGGAAAAGAAUGUCCAGAUCUCAUACAGGGCAAGAAGGUACCAUUGCCACUUAUUGUGUCUCCAUGGAAUACAUGGGCAGCACCUGAUGCAACUGGAAGCACCUUCAGAUGGAGAUAUGUAUUGCGACCAGCAAUUAACAAAGACGAAAAGGUUCCAGAACUCAUUGAGGCCAAGAAAGUGGUUCUUCCAUGUGUUGUAACUGACUGGAAUGUUUGGUCAGCAGCUGAUGCUACAGGCUCUUCAUUCAGAUGGAGAUUUGUAACCAGACCAGCAAUUAAUGGAGGAAAAGAAUGUCCAGAUCUUAUACAGGGCAGAAAAAUACCACUGCCACUUAUUGUGGGUCCAUGGAAUACAUGGGCUGCACCAGAUGCCACUGGAAGCACCUUCAGAUGGAGAUAUGUAUUGCGACCAGCAAUUAACAAAGACGAAAAGGUUCCAGAACUCAUUGAGGCCAAGAAAGUCCAACUUCCAUGUAUUGUAACUGACUGGAAUGAAUGGUCAGCAACUGAUGCUACAGGCUCUUCAUUCAGAUGGAGAUUUGUAACCCGACCAGCAAUUAAUGGAGGAAAAGAAUGUCCAGAUCUCAUACAGGGCAAGAAGGUACCACUCCCACUUAUUGUGGGUCCAUGGAAUACAUGGGCAGCACCUGAUGCCACUGGAAGCACCUUCAGAUGGAGAUAUGUAUUGCGACCAGCAAUUAACAAAGACGAAAAGGUUCCAGAACUCAUUGAGGCCAAGAAAGUCCAACUUCCAUGUAUUGUAACUGACUGGAAUGAAUGGUCAGCACCUGAUGCUACAGGCUCUUCAUUCAGAUGGAGAUUUGUUGUCAGACCAGCAAUUAAUGGAGGAAAAGAAUGUCCAGACCUCAUACAGGGCAAGAAGGUACCACUGCCACUUAUUGUGUCUCCAUGGAAUACAUGGGCAGCACCUGAUGCCACUGGAAGCACCUUCAGAUGGAGAUAUGUAUUGCGACCAGCAAUUAACAAGGAUGAACCAAUUCCAGAACUCAUUGAGGCCAAGAAAGUGGUUCUUCCAUGUAUUGUAACUGACUGGAAUGUUUGGUCAGCAGCUGAUGCUACUGGCUCUUCAUUCAGAUGGAGAUUUGUAACCAGACCAGCAAUUAAUGGAGGAAAAGAAUGUCCAGAUCUAAUACAGGGCAGAAAAAUACCACUGCCACUUAUUGUGGGUCCAUGGAAUACAUGGGCAGCACCUGAUGCCACUGGAAGCACCUUCAGAUGGAGAUAUGUAUUGCGACCAGCAAUUAACAAGGAUGAAAAGGUUCCAGAACUCAUUGAGGCCAAGAAGGUUCCACUUCCAUGUAUUGUAAAUGACUGGAACGCAUGGUCAGCACCUGAUGCAACUGGAUCUUCAUUCAGAUGGAGAUUUGUUGUCAGACCAGCCAUAAACGGAGGAAAAGAAUGUCCAGAUCUUAUACAGUCAAGAAAGGUACCAUUGCCACUUAUUGUGGGUCCAUGGAAUACAUGGGCAGCGCCUGAUGCCACUGGAACCACCUUUAGAUGGAGAUCUGUAUUACGACCAGCAAUUAACAAGGAUGAAAAGGUUCCAGAACUCAUUGAGGCCAAGAAAGUCAAACUGCCAUGUAUUGUCAGUGACUGGAAUGUAUGGUCAGCACCUGAUGCUACAGGCUCUUCAUUCAGAUGGAGAUUUGUUGUCAGACCAGCAAUUAAUGGAGGACAAGAAUGUCCAGACCUCAUACAGGGCAAGAAAGUACCAUUGCCACUUAUUGUGGGUCCAUGGAAUACAUGGGCAGCACCUGAUGCCACUGGAAGCACCUUCAGAUGGAGAUAUGUAUUGCGACCAGCAAUUAACAAGGAUGAAAAGGUUCCAGAACUCAUUGAGGCCAAGAAAGUCAAGCUGCCAUGUAUUGUCAGUGACUGGAAUGUAUGGUCAGCACCUGAUGCUACAGGCUCUUCAUUCAGAUGGAGAUUUGUUGUCAGACCAGCAAUUAAUGGAGGACAAGAAUGUCCAGACCUCAUACAGGGCAAGAAAGUACCAUUGCCACUUAUUGUGGGUCCAUGGAAUACAUGGGCAGCACCUGAUGCCACUGGAAGCACCUUCAGAUGGAGAUAUGUAUUGCGACCAGCAAUUAACAAGGAUGAAAAGGUUCCAGAACUCAUUGAGGCCAAGAAAGUCAAGCUGCCAUGUGUUGUUAGUGACUGGAAUGUAUGGUCAGCACCUGAUGCUACAGGCUCUUCAUUCAGAUGGAGAUUUGUUGUCAGACCAGCAAUUAAUGGAGGACGAGAAUGUCCAGACCUCAUACAGGGCAAGAAAGUACCAUUGCCACUUAUUGUGGGUCCAUGGAAUACAUGGGCAGCACCUGAUGCCACUGGAAGCACCUUCAGAUGGAGAUAUGUAUUGCGACCAGCAAUUAACAAGGAUGAAAAGAUUCCAGAACUCAUUGAGGCCAAGAAAGUCAAGCUGCCAUGUAUUGUCGGUGACUGGAAUGAAUGGUCAGCACCUGAUGCUACAGGCUCUUCAUUCAGAUGGAGAUUUGUUGUCAGACCAGCAAUUAAUGGAGGACAAGAAUGUCCAGACCUCAUACAGGGCAAGAAAGUACCAUUGCCACUUAUUGUGGGUCCAUGGAAUACAUGGGCAGCACCUGAUGCCACUGGAAGCACAUUCAGAUGGAGAUAUGUAUUGCGACCAGCAAUUAACAAGGAUGAAAAGGUUCCAGAACUCAUUGAGGCCAAGAAAGUCAAGCUGCCAUGUAUUGUCAGUGACUGGAAUGAAUGGUCAGCACCUGAUGCUACAGGCUCUUCAUUCAGAUGGAGAUUUGUUGUCAGACCAGCAAUUAAUGGAGGACAAGAAUGUCCAGACCUCAUACAGGGCAAGAAAGUACCACUGCCACUUAUUGUGGGUCCAUGGAAUACAUGGGCAGCACCUGAUGCCACUGGAAGCACCUUCAGAUGGAGAUAUGUAUUGAGACCAGCAAUUAACAAGGACGAAAAGGUUCCAGAACUCAUUGAGGCCAAGAAGGUUCAACUUCCAUGUAUUGUAACUGACUGGAAUGAAUGGUCAGCACCUGAUGCUACAGGCUCUUCAUUCAGAUGGAGAUUUGUUGUCAGACCAGCCAUUAAUGGAGGAAAAGAAUGUCCAGACCUCAUACAGUCAAAGAAAAUACCACUCCCACUUAUUGUGGGUCCAUGGAAUACAUGGGCAGCACCUGAUGCCACUGGAAGCACCUUCAGAUGGAGAUAUGUAUUGCGACCAGCAAUUAACAAGGAUGAAAAGGUUCCAGAACUCAUUGAGGCCAAGAAGGUUCCACUUCCAUGUAUUGUCAAUGACUGGAAUGCAUGGUCAGCACCUGACGCUACAGGCUCUUCAUUCAGAUGGAGAUUUGUUGUCAGACCAGCCAUAAACGGAGGAAAAGAAUGUCCAGAUCUUAUACAGGGCAAGAAAGUACCACUGCCACUUAUUGUGGGUCCAUGGAAUACAUGGGCAGCACCUGAUGCCACUGGAAGCACCUUCAGAUGGAGAUAUGUAUUGCGACCAGCAAUUAACAAGGACGAAAAGGUUCCAGAACUCAUUGAGGCCAAGAAGGUCCAACUUCCAUGUAUUGUAACUGACUGGAAUACUUGGUCAGCAGCUGACGCUACAGGCUCUUCAUUCAGAUGGAGAUUUGUUGUCAGACCAGCAAUUAAUGGAGGAAAAGAAUGUCCAGAUCUUAUACAAUCAAGAAAGGUACCACUGCCACUGAUUGUGUCUGAAUGGAAUACAUGGUCUGCACCUGAUGCCACUGGAAGCACCUUCAGAUGGAGAUAUGUAUUGCGACCAGCAAUUAACAAGGAUGAACCAAUUCCAGAACUCAUUGAGGCCAAGAAAGUACCACUGCCAUGUAUGGUGUCUGACUGGAAUGAAUGGUCAGCACCUGAUGCCACCGGAACUUCAUUCAGAUAUAGAUCUGUCACAAGACCACCAAUCAACAUAAAUGGAGAAUGUCCACCAUUAAUACAAGCUAAGAAAGUCAAACUACCAUGUAUUGUCACGGAUUGGAACACUUGGUCAUCACCUGAUGCUACUGGGUCUUCAUUCAGAUGGAGAUUUGUAACCAGACCAUCAAUAAAUGGAGGUCAAGAAUGUCCAGACCUUAUACAAGGAAGAAAGGUACCAUUGCCAUUAAUUGUGUCUGACUGGAAUGAAUGGUCAGCACCUGAUGCCACAGGAAGCUCUUUCAGAUGGAGAUUCGUAACAAGACCAGCAAUUAACAAGGAUGAACCAAUUCCACCACUUAUACAAGGAAAGAAAAUACCACUGCCAUGUAUGGUAUCUGACUGGAAUGAAUGGUCAGCACCUGAUGCCACAGGAACAUCAUUCAGAUACAGAUCUGUCACCAGACCACCAAUCAACAUAAAUGGAGAAUGUCCACCAUUGAUUCAAGCUAAGAAAGUCAAAUUGCCAUGUAUUGUUACGGACUGGAACACAUGGUCAUCACCUGAUGCUACUGGCUCUUCAUUCAGAUGGAGAUUUGUAACCAGACCAUCAAUAAAUGGAGGUCAAGAAUGUCCAGACCUUAUACAGGGCAGAAAGGUACCAUUGCCAUUGAUUGUUUCUGAUUGGAACACAUGGUCUGCUGCUGAUGCCACAGGAAGCUCUUUCAGAUGGAGAUAUGUAACAAGACCAGCAAUUAACAAGGAUGAACCAAUUCCAGAACUCAUAGAAGCAAGAAAAGUCAAACUGCCAUGUAUUGUAACUGACUGGAAUACUUGGUCAGCAGCUGAUGCUACAGGCUCUUCAUUCAGAUGGAGAUUUGUAACCCGACCAGCAAUUAAUGGAGGAAGAGAAUGUCCAGAUCUCAUACAGGGCAGAAAAAUACCAUUGCCAUUAAUUGUUUCUGACUGGAACACAUGGUCUGCUACUGAUGCCACAGGAAGCUCUUUCAGAUGGAGAUAUGUACUGAGACCAGCAAUUAACAAGGAUGAACCAAUUCCAGAACUCAUACAAGCAAGAAAAGUCAAACUGCCAUGUAUUGUAACUGACUGGAAUGAAUGGUCAGCACCUGAUGCUACUGGCUCUUCAUUCAGAUGGAGAUUUGUAACCAGACCAGCAAUUAAUGGAGGACAAGAAUGUCCAGACCUUAUACAGGGCAAACGAAUACCUCUGCCAUGUCUUGUCAGUGAAUGGGUUGAAUGGACAGCACCUGAUGCUACAGGAACUACAUUCAGAUACAGAUUUGUGACUAGACCACCAAUUAACAUGAAGGGAGAAUGUCCACCACUCAUACAGGGCAAGAAGAUUCCAUUGCCAUGUUUGGUUUCUGAUUGGACCACUUGGUCAGCACCAGAUUCUACAGGAACAUCAUUCAGUUAUAGAAUGGUUACCAGACCUGCAAUUAAUGGUGGAAAAGAAUGUCCAGAACUGAUCAGAUCUAAGAAAAUACCACUGCCAUGUCUUGUAUCUGACUGGACUGAAUGGUCAGCACUUGAUGGUACUGGAACUUCAUUUAGAUACAGAAUGGUAACCAGACCACCAAUUAAUAUGGACGGAGAGUGUCCACCAUUGAUACAAGCUAAGAAAGAACCACUGCCAUGCAUUGUUUCUGACUGGACCGCAUGGACAUCACCAGAUUCAACAGGAACUUCAUACAGUAUCAGAAUGGUAACUAGACCUGCAAUAAAUGGAGGAAAAGAAUGUCCAGAACUCAUUAGAUCAAAGAAAAUAAGUCUACCAUGUAUAGUAAGUGAUUGGACAGCAUGGAGUGCACCUGAUACUACUGGUACAGUCUACAGAUUCAGAAUGAUGACAAGACCUUCACUCAAUGGUGGUGCAGAAUGUCCAGACUUGUUACAAUCCAGAAAAGUGAAAUUGCCAUGUAUUGUAACCGACUGGAAUGUAUGGACUGCUGUUGAUGCCACAGGUGUUUCCUACAGAUACAGAUAUAUUGUCCGUCCAGCACUUAAUGGUGGCUCUGAAUGUCCACCACUUAUACAGUCCAAGAAAAUACCACUACCAUGUAUUGUUAGUGAAUGGACAUCAUGGACAUUGCCAGACCAAACUGGAACAAGAUAUAGGUACAGAAUGAUGCAGAGACCACCACUCAAUGGAGGAAAAGAAUGUCCAGAUCUUGUACAAAUGCAGAAAGUACCACUUCCAUGUAUUGUAAGUGACUGGACAGAAUGGAGUGCACCUGAUGCUACAGGAACAUCAUACAGGAACAGAAUGGUACUGAGACCUCCACUUAAUGUUGAUGGAGAAUGUCCACCACUACUACAAUCCAGAAAAAUCAAACUCCCAUGUAUUGUUUCUGAAUGGACUGAAUGGUCUAAGCCAGAUCCACAAGGAACACGAACCAGAACCAGAGGUGUAGUAAGACCAGCAAUGAAUGGUGGACAAGAAUGUCCAGAGUUAAUCCAGAGAGACAAAGUUGAGGUAAUAUGUGUAGUAUCUGAAUGGGGACCAUGGAAUUAUGCAAACUCUGAUGGAAUAAGUAAACGAGAGAGAACUGUAAUAGUACCACCACAAAAUGGUGCUGGCAAUUGUCCUCCAUUAGAAGAAACAAGAAAAGUAUCGAGAGAUUGUGUUGUAACAGAAUGGACUUUGUGGACUACACCAAAUCGUGGCGGCAGAUCAGAAAGAACAAGAGAUGUUCAGGUUGCACCAUUACAUGGUGGAAAACAAUGUCCUCCACUCAAAGAGACAAGACGAGUUGAUCAACCUUGUAUUGUAAGUGAAUGGACAUACUGGUCAACACCAAACAAUAAUGGAAUUUCAAGAAGAACAAGAACUGUCCUCCGUCCAGCUGUCGGUAAUGGUAAACCAUGUCCAGAUCUUGAGGAAACAAAGGAGGUUGGAAUUGACUGCGUCAUGGGUCCAUGGUCAGAGUGGUCAGAGAUGAUAGAAGGAGGUCUAGUAACAAGAUCUAGAAGGAUAAUGAAGAAUGGAAACCAAUAUGGAGAACCAUGUGGCGACACUGCAGAAUCCAAAAAACUGAAGAUUGACUGUGUAGUACUUGAAUGGGGAGCAUGGACAGUAAAUGCAAUUACUGGUACAUCAACCAGAAGGAGGGCAAUCAAACAGGUUGAACUGAAUGGAGGAAGACCAUGUCCUAAAACAUUUGAAACUGAAGAAGUUUCUAUUGACUGUGAAGUAGGAAAUUGGGGCUCCUGGGGAGCAGCUCAUCCAAAGACUGGCAUGAGUGAGAGAACUAGGAAAGUUAUCAAGAGUCCAAAGAAUGGAGGAAAAGAUUGUCCUGAACUUCUUGAGAGAAAGAGAGUUAAAAUUGACUGCCGUGUUGGACACUGGGAAGAAUGGAGUGAACCAUUUGGAUUUGGAACAAGGACCAGGAGGAGACAGGUCAUUCAGCCCCCAGCAAAUGGUGGUGACAGAUGUCCAGAUUUAGAACAAGAGGCUCCAGCUGAAAUUACUCCUGAGAAAACCGCAGAACACAUUAUCAAACACUUCAUCCGAGGAUAUAAUGGAUCAAGAGAUAUAAUGAUCAUCGUAGACUCCUCUGGAAGUAUAGGAUUAAAUUAUUUCAAGAAAUCUCUUGAAGACUUGUACAACCUUCUGUCAUACAUGUGUCCAUCACCAGAACCUUACCAACCAAGACAAGGUCAAGGUUACAAUCAACUUGGUAUGAUCCAAUUCUCUACUGAUGUACAGGAUAUAUUCCACUUUGGCGAACACAAGAAACUUGCAGAUAUAAAGAAUGCCAUUACAAGUACUCCUUAUAUGGGUGCUACAACAUGUACAAGCAAAGCAUUGGAACAUGUAGCAAACCACCAUAUGCCAAAAGCAAGACCAGGUGUCAAGAAACAGAUUCUGUUGUUGACAGAUGGUCUAUACAACUGUAACAAGAAGGAAGUGACUGAAAAAUUCGCGAAGGAAUUACAACAAUUGGGUGAAGUUUAUGGAAUGAUGAUCGGUAUCCAAGGACAACAAGGAAAAGAUCUAUUGUCAGGAUUGGUUUCAAAACCAUUGAAAGACCAUCUGUACUCAUCCAGAGACUAUAGAGAGUUUUCAGACCUUGUGCGUAUCAUAAAGAAUAUUCUGAUUAGCACGGGUAUGAAGUGUACUUCAUUUAACUAAUCAUUUCACAUUUUAUGUAUUGUUUUACCUAAUAAAAGAGAAGGAUAUAUUGUUA